CUAGCACCCAACAUAACUCAAGCCUAGCCAAUAAGAAUGAGUCUCUUGGUGCCACAAAUGUGUGGGGAUGAGAAAGAUACACACUUUGGGAGAAUUGUGCUGUCAGAUGUGGUGGUGACGAGGAAGAGGAAUGUGUUUUGGGGCAGAAAGUGGAAUUCUUUAGAUAUUGGGAUAGUUUUUGUGGUGGCGGCUUUGCAUUUGUUGUGUGUUUUAGCUCCUUCCACAUUCAACUGGGGCGCCUUUGGCGUUGCAGUUGGAUUGUAUGUCAUUACUGGACUUCUUGGAAUCACUCUCUCUUUCCAUAGAAAUCUUUCACACAGGAGCUUCAAGCUUCCCAAAUGGCUUGAGUAUUUCUUUGCAUACUGUGGUUCUCUUGCCCUUCAGGGGAAUCCGAUUGAAUGGGUGAGCACACAUAGAUACCACCAUCAGUUUGUUGACACAGAGAAAGAUCCACACAGCCCCAUUGAGGGCUUUUGGUUUAGUCAUAUGAGUUGGCUCUUUGACACUGACAAUGUUGCUCAAAAGUGUGGGGAGACAAACAAUGUUGGAGAUUUAGAGAAGCAGCCAUUCUACAAGUUUCUCCAAAAGACUUACAUUCUUCAUCAUGUAGCACUUGGAGCUCUACUCUAUGCAAUGGGUGGAUUUCCCUACAUUGUUUGGGGAAUGGGUGUGAGGAUUGUAUGGCUUUACCAUAUCACUUGGCAGGUGAAUUCAGCUUGCCAUAUUUGGGGCAGACAAGCAUGGAACACCGGCGACCUAUCGCGAAAUAACUGGUGGGUAGCAGUGCUCGCAUUUGGAGAGGGGUGGCAUAACAAUCAUCAUGCAUUUGAGUAUUCAGCAAGACAUGGGCUAGAGUGGUGGCAAAUUGAUAUGACUUGGUAUGUAAUUAGGCUUCUUGAAGCAGUUGGAUUGGCUACUCGUAUCAAGUUGUCUACACCAGCACACAAGCAGAGGAUGGCCUUUGCUAAAUCAAGCCUUCAAUUAAAUUACUCUAAUAUAAAUAUAUAUAGGGAUUGGAUCAAAUAAUUUUUUUUUUAAUGUACAAACUAUAAAUUCUUUGCACUUGAUCUAUAAGGUAUCUUCAUUUUCGUGAACCUGGAUUGGAUUCGAAUUUUAGAGGGAGCAUAAUUAUAGGACAAUUUAUUAUUACGAAAGUGUAGUUACUUUAUAAAUUAAGUGUAAGAUUUUUAGUUUUUAGGUAUGAUUAAGCCUUUAAUGUUGUAAUUGUUGACAAGCAUACUCCUUUUUACUAGUACUGGUCCGUUUUAUUGUAACUUGUUAUUAUUCAUUUCA